AGUUUGAAUUGCAAAUGAGUGAAUUGCAGAUGAACUGGGAAUUUUCCAAUUGCUAUUUGAAGAACUAAAUGGACUCAACUCGGCAGAGGCAGUGUGAAAUGUGUGGAGCGGCUGGCGAAGAUUCAGAUGAGUGCUGCGUAGUGUUCUACGGAAUAUGGAGCAUAGUUAUUGGAGCUCUUUGCUUGAUAAGCGGGGUGUAUUUCACGGUUGUCACCUGGACCACUACGGCUGCUACUGAUGGAAAAUAUGCUAUAAUGGUGGUUGUCUCUGUACUAGCCACUGUUUAUGCGAUUGCCUGCGUGUCGUACAUUUUUGCUGGGAUUUUCAUGAUGGUCGGACGGUUAAAUCACUCAAGACGUAUAUUUAUGUGUGGAAAAAUUCUUAGCUAUUUCUUUCCAAUUUACACCUUUUUGUUCAUAUUUACUAUAGUUGUCCACUUUGUUAUCCUCCCGAAAAUAUGCAGGUAUGUGAAUAAGACCUUCCGCUAAAAAACCGUACGACGACUCGUGUUUUGGAUUACUUCACAAUUCUGGCAACCCUAUAAAUCUAUUGUUGAAGUGUGCAAUUUCGGAAAAAUUCUUAGAAAUCGCAAAACAAGGACUAAUCUGCACAGUCUGUUACCAUGCGAAUGUUUUUAAAAAUUGUUUGUAAUGCUGAGUUUUACCGACUUAUUAAAUGUUUA